CACUGCGGCUGACCCCCUCCCUCGCGGAGAUGCUGCUGAGCGGAUGGUGCGGCCGCUUUGGCCUCAGCGCGGCCCGGGCCCGGGCCUGGAGCUGGAGCUGCGUUUGGAACGGGAGCCGGGCUAACUCGCUAAGUCAGUCUUGGAAACAAUGGGGAGUGAGGAAGGGAGUAAGUUCUGUUGUUACAAAAGUAUCAGCACAUUCCAGGACAGCCCGUGUGCCCAGUGUCAUCACCGACCGAAUCCUGGGCAAAUGGAUGAUUGUGUGCAGUGGAACGGUUGUGGGUGCUGUAGUCCUUGGUGGAGUAACCAGGCUGACCGAGUCUGGCUUAUCGAUGGUGGACUGGCACCUCAUCAAGGAGAUGAAACCCCCAAAGACUCGAGGGGAAUGGGAAGCUGAGUUUCAAAAGUACCAGCAGUUCCCAGAAUUUAAGAUAUUAAAUCAUGACAUGACCUUAAAUGAGUUCAAGUUCAUCUGGUACAUGGAGUAUUCCCACCGGAUGUGGGGCCGUGCAGUGGGACUGACCUACGUCCUGCCUGCUAUUUACUUUUGGAGGAAGGGCUGGUUCUCCAGGAGCUUGAAGCUGCGGGUGGCAGGACUUUGUGGAUUAGUGUGCUUUCAGGGUUUGCUGGGUUGGUAUAUGGUGAAGAGUGGUUUGGAGGAGAAGGAGGAUUCAUAUGACAUUCCCCGGGUCAGCCAGUAUCGCCUGGCUGCUCAUCUUGGAUCCGCACUGUUACUCUACUGUGCCAGCCUGUGGACUGGUCUGUCCCUGCUUCUGCCCCUGAACCAGAUACCCAACACCAAUCGGAUGAUGCUGUUGAGGAGAUUUGCUCGUGGAACUGGGGGCUUAGUGUUUAUUACAGCGCUGUCAGGUGCCUUUGUAGCUGGACUGGAUGCUGGACUUGUCUAUAAUUCCUUCCCCAAGAUGGGAGAGCGUUGGUUGCCUGAUGACCUUUUGGCUUUUUCCCCGGCUCUCCGAAACUUCUUUGAGAAUCCAACUACUGUUCAGUUCAACCACCGAGUCUUGGGUAUCGCCUCAGUGACAGCAGUGACCAUUCUCUACAUGCUUUCCCGGAGGAUACCAAUGCCACGGAGGACAAAGAUUGCAAUAUCGUCUUUGCUAGCAAUGGUUUACAUGCAGGCUGCUCUGGGAAUCACUACCCUACUGCUGUAUGUCCCAACUCCUCUGGCAGCCACACACCAGUCGGGAUCCCUCGUACUGCUCAGCUUGGCGCUCUGGUUGAUUCAUGAGCUCCGCAGGAUUCCAAAGUGAAGUCAGACAUUAACUGAACCUGGUCCCUACCAGCAUGCAAGAUCUGACAAAUUCCUACAGCAACUGUCAAGCACUUUUGUUCUACAAAGUUUAUUUUCAAUGCCAAUGAGAGGUUGAAUUGUUUAUUCAGUACUCAAAUAUUGUGUAUUUGAUUGAGAUCUUUGUAUAGAUAGUGUUAGUCUGAUUGAAAGGUUGACCAUUAUUUUCCCUGCUGGAUGUUAACUCUGUUAUUAUUCAGCUCUCAUCCCUGACAAUCAUUGCCUUUUACUUUUAAAUCCUUUCUGUAAUGAAGGUGCCUAAAACUGUGUGAAAUACUCUGGUUACAUCGGUAUAUAUGGUCUAUCUCCCUCUCCCUAAUUUUGCAUUCUAUGCUUCGAGAGCGAGCCCUGCCUUUUGUUAGGUUGGUGAGGUGUGGGGGAGAGAGAAGAUGUUAUUUCUUUUAAUAUCUUUACCAUCAAACCAUUAACCAACACCUUUGUGUGAGCUAUUCUGUUGACCAGAAGUAACAUGGAUGUGUUGCUGAACUAAUUAAUUUUAACCUAGGUAAUGUUAGUUAAUAUUAUUGGGUACAAGGUUUAAUUCAGUUGUACUGUAUCCGUACUCAAUAAUGACAAACCUUACCUGUUUAAAUAUCGAUGCUUUCAAGCCAACUCAAACUGCUUCAUUGGUCCUCACUGCUGUUCCAAUAGUAAAAUACCCAGAUAUUAUGCAGUCCAUCUUCAAACUAUAUGCAACUUUAUUAUAAUGCACAGUUUCAGAAAUGUGUUACACCACAGUUUUUACAAAAAUCUAACAAAUGGCUUAAGGGUAAAUCAAGCAGAAAGCAACCAGAAAUCAAUCACUCCAGUGCUGUUUUUGGAUGUUUCUUGUAUAUUAUGAAUAACCCAACAUUUCAAAAUCAACAAUUCCUUGUAAAUUAAAAUAUUCUUCCCAGUA